CUCCUCCCCCUCCCUCCACCGUCGGUCGUCCUCGUGCGCCAACAGCCGCCUCCGACCGGCGGGAAGCACGCGCUGGAUUCCGUGGCAGAAAUUCAAACUUUAACGAUCCAUUAGAUGAGAAUUUUUUUUAAAAAAAAAUCUUCUUCAGCUUCACCUGUACGGGAGGGGACGUACACCGGAGGAUCUAACCGGACACCGGACGGAGGUCUGACCGACAAUGUGACGCUGUGGAGCGGCGACGGAGGAUUAUGUGUUCGGUCUGUACCGGAGGCUCUAAAAAUAGGCGAGUUUCGGUGCGCGGAGUGAAGCUGCAGCUCUGAAGAAGUGUUUGUGCUCGUUAACGUCUCCGUGGUGGAUUAGGAGCGGAUACCGGAGGAUACCGAGGCUACCGGAGCCAGGCUACCGGACCGGGCUGCUACGGUGGGUGGAUGUUUGGAUGCUGCACUCAAGGACACCUUCUUCUCUUCUUCUGGGCUUCUAACCGGAGCGGGAUUUCUGCACACCGACGUUACCGGAAUUAGAGGCUCCGUGCGGCACUUUCUGUGUGGAUACCGUGGCUCGGCUCGGCUCGGCUCGGCUCGGCUCACCGGACGGCACUGGCUCCGGUACUUUGGGCGCACCGUUGGAGCAUCCCGGGGAGGCUGCGGCUCCGUCCCUCCGCCCACCGGCGUCUCUUUUCAGGAUUUAUUCCACCGGCACCUGGAUCCCGUUGCUUCGGUAUUUUUCUCCUCUGACUGCGCGCGCGUCUGCUCCGCUUCUACCGCACACACGCACGCACACACACGCGCGCACAGAAGUCCCCAGAUCGGCUCCGAGCAGCCGGGAGUUGGAUACGAGCUCCGUUUCUGCCGCCCGCUUUCUGGGCUUCUUGUGAUUUAAAACCGGGACCGGGAGUGAAGGAGGAUUUACCGGGGAGGAGAGGAGCCGCAGAUCGAUGAAGGUGUCAGGAAGGAUUGAUUUUGCCUCCAGAUGACAGACCGGUGGAGGGCGUCCUCAUUAGCUGCUUGUCCCGUCGUCACCCCGAGGAGGCCGGUGAUGUGACCGGACUGAGAAUCCUCCACAACCUCAGGAAUAACUUUGACGGACAGCCGGCCGAGCCAAUGACAGGCCUUUUGGACUUAUAACUCGUGCACAGUUUUUACGUGCGCACCUGGAGGACGUGCACGUGAACCCGGAUGAGCCCGGUGAGCAGAGGUCGGCCGCCCUCCCUGAUAAAGAGGCUGUUGCAGAUUGAAUCCUGUUGACUGUUCCUGACUGGAUCCUGCUGAUACUGAAGCCCUGAACCGCAUCUCAGCAGCCAUGGACGUCUCUUCUUCGUUGGUGUGUCCCCUCCUGGUCCUCCUCCUGGUCCUCCUGUCCUCACUGCCCUCUGGUUCCUCCUCCAUGUUGUGUCCAAAGCGCUGUACCUGCCAGAACCUCCUCCCGUCCUACACGGUCCUCUGCGCCAAGACGGGCCUCCUCUUCGUUCCUCCCAACAUCGACCGGCAGACGGCCGAGCUCCGUCUGAUGGACAACUUCAUCACCACGCUGAGACACCGGGACUUCGCCAACAUGUCCAGCCUGAUCCACCUGACGCUGAGCAGGAACACCAUCAGUCAGAUCCGACCGUACGCCUUCGCUGACCUCCAGGACCUCCACGCCCUCCACCUGGACGCCAACCGCCUCACCGUCCUGGACGACGCCCACUUCCAGGGUCUGGUCAACCUGAGACACCUGAUCCUGGCCAACAACCAGCUGCACAGCAUCUCAGAGGGAGCUUUUCAGGACUUCCUGGAGACCCUGGAGGACCUGGACCUGAGCUACAACAACCUGGUGGACAUCCCCUGGGAGACGGUGGCCCUGCUGGUCAGCGUCAACACCCUGAGUCUGGACCACAACCUGAUCGAGAGCGUCCCUGAAGGCAUCUUCUCCAACCUGCACAAGCUGGCCAGGCUGGACAUGACGUCCAACAAGCUGAAGAAGAUCCCUCCAGACCCGCUGUUCCUCAGGAUCCCCGUCUACGCCAAGAUGAAGGGUUCUCCUCUGACGGCGCUGGUUCUGAGUUUCGGAGGAAACCCGCUGCACUGUAACUGUGAACUGGUUUGGCUUCGUCGACUGACCCGAGAGGACGACCUGGAAACCUGCGCUUCGCCCAAAGACCUGGCUGGGAAGUACUUCUGGACCAUCAGAGAGGAGGAGUUUGUCUGCGAGCCGCCAAUGAUCACUCGCCACACCUCCAAGAUGUUCGUGAUGGAGGGCCAGGAGGUGAGUCUGCGCUGCAAGUCCAUCGGAGACCCCGAACCGUCCACCCACUGGGUCAGUCCGGACGGGAAGCUGAUCGGAAACACGUCCAGGACCGUCUGCUACGAGAACGGCUCGCUGGACAUCCUGAAGGCCUCCGUCAAGGAUUCAGGAAAGUUCACCUGCAUCGCCUCCAACGCUGCCGGAGAGGCCACGGCUCCCGUCGAGUUGGUCGUCAACCCGUCUCCGCACUUCGACCCAAAGCUGGACCCCGACCCGGGACCGUCGGACAUCCCCACGUCCAUCAAGUCCAACAUCAGCGGGGGCCAGGCCCGGUCCGACCAGCAGAGGGUCAGCGUGUCUGACCUGACGUCCAGCUCCGCCACCAUCCGCUGGCCUCCACAGAACCACAUCCCAGGAGUCCGGAUGUACCAGAUCCAGUACAACAGCUCCACCGACGACAUCCUCAUCUACAGGGCCGGAUUGGACCCUCUGGAGGACCACUUUUGGACCACGGGCCUCAUGUUGGACCCUCUGGAGGACCACUUUUGGACCACGGGCCUCAUGUUGGACCCUCUGGAGGACCGCUUUUGGACCACGGGCCUCAUGUUGGACCCUCUGGAGGACCGCUUUUGGUCCACGGGCCUCACGUUGGACCCUCUGGAGGACCGCUUUUGGACCACGGGCCUCACGUUGGACCCUCUGGAGGACCGCUUUUGGACCACGGGCCUCACGUUGGACCCUCUGGAGGACCGCUUUUGGACCACGGGCCUCACGUUGGACCCUCUGGAGGACCGCUUUUGGCCCACGGGCCUCACGUUGGACCCUCUGGAGGACCGCUUUUGGACCACGGGCCUCAUAUUGGACCCUCUGGAGGACCGCUUUUGGCCCACGGGCCUCAUGUUGGACCCUCUGGAGGACCGCUUUUGGACCACGGGCCUCAUGUUGGACCCUCUGGAGGACCGCUUUUGGACCACGGGCCUCAUGUUGGACCCUCUGGAGGACCGCUUUUGGACCACGGGCCUCAUGUUGGACCCUCUGGAGGACCGCUUUUGGACCACGGGCCUCAUGUUGGACCCUCUGGAGGACCGCUUUUGGACCACGGGCCUCAUGUUGGACCCUCUGGAGGACCGCUUUUGGUCCACGGGCCUCAUGUUGGACCUUCUGGAGGACCGCUUUUGGACCACGGGCCUCAUGUUGGACCCUCUGGAGGACCGCUUUUGGACCACGGGCCUCAUGUCGGACCCUCUGGAGGACCGCUUUUGGCCCACGGGCCUCAUGUUGGACCCUCUGGAGGACCGCUUUUGGCCCACGGGCCUCAUGUUGGACCCUCUGGAGGACCGCUUUUGGACCACGGGCCUCAUGUUGGACCUUCUGGAGGACCGCUUUUGGCCCACGGGCCUCAUGUUGGACCCUCUGGAUUUUGCAGAGUUUUUGAUCAAUUGUUUAGCUGCUAACCUCCAGAUGUGGAUUUCAGAGAGUUUUUGAGGCUCUAGCGUCACUCCGACCGGCCACUCAGCCGUCGCCUAGCAACCCCAUCCAGGAUGCAUAAUGGAGUGUUAUUACGGAGCGCUUGGAGGGCGACAGAUGACGGUUUGAAACAUCCACCGCCUUAAUUCCCGUUUUAACCUCAGAGUAAAUCACCGUUUUCUGGCCACAGCACUCUGGAUGUUUUAUACGGCGCUCCAUGGAGGUGAUGUGGUCGUUUUAUUUUUUAUUGACCGGUGAACAGAAACGAAACGUCCUGGAAUGCACCGACUGAGUCCUAAUGGGACAGCAAAGCAUCUUUUAUCAGCCGAAUGAAGCCAUUUUGUGGUCUGAUUUUGUUGGGUUUCGGUGAAAAACAACAACGUCAGAGGUUAAAUUAAACUUCCACCUCAUUUUUCCAUCGAUAAGCAGACAGUAGAAGAUGUGGCAAGGGUUUUAAUUUAACCACCUCCAUCGAUGGCCGAACCCUAGUAACGCAUUUUAGAGGAAGAAGAAGAAAAAGUUUAUGAAGUCGUUUGAAUAAUUAGGCGUCUGUUGAAAAUUUUAAUUGGAAGAACAUAAUCUAAUAACCACACAGUUAAGAUUAGGGGAAAUGAUAGUUGUAAUUUAAGAAAAUUACCCUGAAAUUAGUCAGAUGUAUUACUGACCCAUCCAUCCACUGAUCUCCUCCCUGAGCCAGUUUCCAUAUUGUACAUCAAAAAUUAACUAUUUCUUGCUUUUUCAUGCAACUAAAGUAGCAAAAUGGAAAAUAAAUUACACGAACAGACCACAAUACACAAAAAUCACAGUCAUAAUUAGAGAAAAUGAUGUUUAUCUUGCAUUUCAUUGGUCCAUCCAUCUACCCCAACCUCCUCCAUGAGCUAUAUAUUCUUUACAACGAGCUGUUUCCUGCUUUCUUCAUACAACUUUUUGACAGAUUUGUUACUUUAAAAUAAUCUUAAAUCAUCUUUUGACGCUGUUCUGAGUCUAUUGUCCCAAAUAUGUACUUCAGAGAUUAAAAAUGAGGUUUUUUUUGCAGCUGCAGAAUCAUAAACUCGACUAAAUGAGCAACAGAAGUGUCAUCAAUCAGCGAUUAAAUGCUUUUUAAAUCUAAAUAUAAUCAGCUAAUAAACUGUUAAAGAGAAUCAUAAAAGGAAAAACUCAUUUAGGUUUAAUUUCCUUUAAUCUUAGGCGACCCAGAUUAGUCAUUUAGUGAAACAGGAAGGACUUGGUUUUACUUCCUGUUUCCUCUUGUUGGGUACCUGAGCUGCACAGGUGUUUGUUUCUGUGUAUUUUCUGCAGUUUCACCGUCGGUUCUUGGUUCCUGCGCUAACGUUCCGUCCUCUGAGGCAGUCUGAGGCGCCGUCAUGCAGCUUCUCUUCUCUUCUGAAGGUCAACAGUUUGGAAACCAGAGUUCAGGGCGGUAAAAUAAAAUAAGUGCAGCUGUUGUUCCCAGAGAACCCGGAGCUGCUGCAGCAGAACGUUAGAAAUGAAAACAGCUCCAUCCGGUCCACAGGCAGGGAAGAACUGGACGUUACAUCUGGCAGGGAACGUUCCCACGUCGGAUAACGUUACCCACAAGUUCUAAUGAUGUUUUAAAGUUCGAGUCUGAUGUUCAAAGAACGUUUUAAGAAUGUUUCUGCUUUCAAAUAAUGUUCUAGUGAGAAUAACCGUCCUCCAAACAAUCAGAGGAUGUUCUAUCGUUCAACGGAGGAACGUUCUCAAACCAACCUUCAAUAAAUGUCCUCCAGAUGUGAUGACAGAACAUUUUAUAAUGUUCCUGUAGUGUGAUGUAUUGAAGGUAGAACGCACAUUUUACAGAUUUUCCCUGUUUUGCUUCAAAUAACAGACAUGAAAAUGACAGAAAAGGUGUAAAAAUACAUUAUUUAAAUGUUUAUUUAUUAAAGAAGGAUUGAGAAAUGGUAAAUAUAUAAAUUUAGAUUAAGUUUAUUUUAAUGAAAUUUAGUUAAUGUUAACUGUAAAAAAAGAAUAUAUUAAUAAAAAUAAACAAGCAGGCCAGAACUUUUACAAAAAAUAAAUAGUUCUCUUACAAUCUGUAAAACGAGCAUUUAUUAAAUCACCUGAAGAUGUUAUUUAACAUUUUUUAAACAUUUAUUUAAUGUGAUAUUAUUCAGCUGGCUUUAAUUUUUUCUGCUGCCAGAUUUCACAGUUUUUUCUACGUUUUUUUUUUUACCGUUUUAGUUUUAGUGUGGAAGGAUGAAGGGAGGAAAUGAGAUCAGAUUGUGCUGAGCAACGAGGCUUCAGGUUUCCUCAAAGUCACUCUAAAGUCAUUUCUUCCUUCUCCAUCCUCGGUCUCUUCAUCUUUUCAUCUUUCCUCUCCUUCAGCUGAAUGUCGUCGGGUCCCUCCGGCUCAGAAAAACCUCCGUCCAGCUUCUAGAACCGCAUCAGAAGAUUUUACUGUCGAGGAAAUCUAAAAACAGAAGCUCAACACGGAUUUUCACGUCUGAGAAUGAAAAUAUCAGCGGUCGGUCCUGAAAUCUGAAUCAAAAACAGCAAAAACAUUAUUUUACACAUAUUUACCUUCAUUUGAAAGAAGAAUUGUGUACAAUAAGCAGUGAAAAAUGGGAAGUAAUUCAAAAUACAGAUUAUUUUAAUGAUUUUCCCGGGUAGAGUUCGAGUCGUUGUUUUCAGCUUUUCUAAACAUCCCAGUUUUUAAAGUCUAAUUUCUAUUUAAUGAUAAAAUAAUUAUCAGCUGGAAGAACAGAACUCUGAUCAGAAGGAGGGAACCAGACAGAACAAAUCAUCAGGACUCCUGGAAAAAAUUAUUGAUUGAGUUUUUAAUGAUGGGAGUCAAUGGGAGCCAGAUGGUUAUAGAGGCAGCACCUAGUGGCGGCCAGUGGUACUACAUACAUAUACAUAUACACUUCCUGUCAGAAGUUUUGAGACACUUUCUCAUUCAAAUAAAUUAGAACUCGUCUCAAAACUUUUGACAGAGGGUGUACAUAUGUGUGUGUGUGUGUGUGUGUGUGUGUGUGUGUGUGUGUGUGUGUGUGUAGUUGCAUUGUACUAACCCUUUUUACUGUACUUAAAUAAAAUGUUCUCCUUUUUUUCAAAUUACAGAAAUUUCUUGCAAAAUCACCUGAAAAAAGUUUGAAUUUUCAUGUUAAUGGUUAAAAAACAAACAUUUUUUUUUACUAUAUUUAAAUUAGUAAUUAAUUUAUUUUAUGUAUAUUCUGGUGUUAUUUGAAAAAAAACUAUGCAUAUUAACAGAAAAUGAUGAAUAAUUUGAUGAUUUUUCUGUUUUGUUAAAGUACAGAAAAUAUUUAGUGGAGGCAAGAAAUAGACGCUUUAAAUCUGUAUUUUCAUAAAUGAUAAUUAAGUCUUUUAAAAUGUGUGCACUGCACUUAAUUUAGCUAAAAAAUAUCAGUAUUUCGCAGAUAUUUGAGUGAUGAAAGUGUGACUGCAUCUUGUUUGACGGUUAAACAGUUUAAUACAGUUUAAACCUCUGAGGAGAAGCAAAGAUUCCUGCAGCUGUUUGCAGAGACAGAUUCAGAUUCUCACCGUUUAAUAAUGAAGCUUUCAAACACGGAGCGGUUAAAGCGAGCCGUAACCGUGUUGGAUAAAUAAUCCAGGUUGGGUUUGUGCUGCUGAAUUAUUCACCGGGCUGACAAAGAGGAAACCUCCAGGUCCUGAUUCUCUCCAAACUACAUUAUUCAGAUUUAAAGUGGUUUUCAUUAUGUAGGAUUCUAACUGGUUCUCCGCCUGGAGCAACGUAAAGUCUGACGGUAACCUUGACUGUAAGUCCAGCAGCAGAUCUUCAUUUAAUCUAAGUCACAGCUUUAAAACACUGCAGUUAUACAGAAGGGCACACAAAAGGACAAAGCGGGGUGUUUGAGUGCAGUAGUCUCUGAUUUCAUUAUUAAAAACAGUAAAACAGCCGCAGGAAAACUGGAAUUUAUUGUCAGUUCAUCAUCAGAACUACCGGGAGGUGCUGAUCUGAACAAAAGUACAAUAUAACACAACAUAAACGACAGCAAGCGAUAAAAAUACAGCAGAAAGCAUCAAAAGCCAGAGACAAAGAGAGAUACAAAGGACACAAAACUGAACAAAAAACACAUGAAACAACAGAAAUGAGACACAAAACUGAGAAGAUACAACAUGAAUGAAAGACAAAACAAGACCCAAAACAACAGAAACGAGACACAAAAUGACCGAAAGAAGACAAAGCUGUCCCAAAGAGACACAAAGCAACAAGAAUGAGUCGUAAAGCAACAAACAUCCAUCCAUCCAUCCAUCUUCUUCCUCUUAUCGGGGUCGGGUAUUGGAGGCAUCAGAUGAUCCAGGUCGUUCCAGAUGUUCCUCCUACCAGCAACACUUUCCAGCUCUUCCUGGAGGCCCGAGGCAUUCCCAGAUGAGAUACAUAAUCCCUCCAGAGGGUUCUGGGUCUACCCCGUGGUCUCCUCCCAGGAGGACGUGUUCAGAAAACCUCCAAAGGAAGUCUCCCUGGAGGAUCUGAAUCAGAUGUCCAAACCACCUCCACUGGUUCCUUCAGAGGUGAAGGAUCAGCAGCUCUACUCUGAGCUCCCUCCAGAUGUCGGAUCUUCUCCUCCUAUCUCUAAGGCUGAGCUCAGACUCCCUACAGAGGAAGCUCAUUUCAGAUGCUUGUAUCCAUGAUCUCAUUCUUUGGGUCUCUACCCAGAGCUCAUGACCAUAGGUGAGAGUUGGAACGUAGAUGGAUGGUAAACUGAGAUCUUCUCCUUCAGGCUCAGCUCCCUCUUGACCACGAUGGUUCAGUACAACGCCUUCAUUACUGCUGAUGCUGCACCAAUCCUCCUGUUCAUCUCUAGCUCCAUUUUCCAUCACUAGUGAACAAGAUCCUGAGAUACUUGAACUCAUUCUCUUGGGGAAACAACUCCCUCCAACCCAGAGGGACCAAUCCACUGGCUUCCAUCAGAGAACCAUGGUCUCAGACUUGGAGGUUCUGAUCUUCAUCUCCACCACUUCACACUGACCUGCAAACCGCUCCAGUGCUGCUGAAGGUCUGAGGAACCAACAGAACCACAUCAACUACAAAAAGCAGAGAUCCUGAGGUCUCCAAACCAGACACCCUCCUCACCCUGACUGAACCUUGAGAUCCAUGAAGACCACAAACAGGAUCAGAGACCAGGACAGCCCUGGAGGAGUCCAACACCCACUGGAAACCAGUCUGACUUUGGGCUGAGUCUGUGGAUACAGCUCUCACUUUGGUUGUUCAGGGACUGAAUGUCUUGUAUCAGAGAGUUUGGUACCCUGUUCUCCUUCAGUACCCCCACAGAGACCCUCAGGGGACACGGUCGUAGACCUUCUCCAAAUCCUCAAAGCACAUGUAGACUGGCAGGUCUAACUUCCAUGACCUCCUCAGCAGCUCUGCAGGGUAAAGAUCUGGUCCACUGUACAACAAUCAGGAUGGAAUCUGCAUUGUUCCUCCUGAAUCCGAGGUUUGACAGUCGGGUGGAGCCUCUCUUAUCACACUUCUCCGGCACCCUAGAGGAAACUAGGGUGCUGGAGAAGUGUGAUACCCCUGUAGUCGGAACACACUCUCUGGUCCUCCUUUUUGAAGAUGGGAACCACCACCCCGAUCUGCCACUCCACAGCUACCAUACUCGAAGCUCAUGCAACAUUAAAGAGACAUGUCAACCAGGACAGUCCAACAAUGUCCAGAGCCUUCAGCAUCUCAGGGCGGAUCUCUUCCACACCUGGCACCUUCCAACCGAGGAGCUUCUUAACUCUUUGAUGUGCAGUGUGGGUCAGGAGAUAAAGAUUUGAUGCACAAAAUGUGUCAUUUUUUAACCAUUUUAUGCAUCAAAGGGUUAACUACCUCGGCAACUUCUGCCAUGGAUGUGGACGAAGUUUCCUCCAAGUCUUCAGGUUCUGCCUCCCUCACAGAGGGCGUGUUUAUGGAAUUAGGAGUUCCUCAAAGUGCUCUUUCCACCAUCCGACACUAUCCCCAGAACGGGUCAGCAGUUCUCCACUCGACUGUAUACAGCCUGAGCAAAUCCCUGCCUCCCCUUCCUGAGGCAUCGAACAGUUUGCCAGAACUUCCUAUUUCACCUAUCUUUGUCCUAAGGCGCUCUGGUACCAGGUGUACUUAAGAGAACCUUCUGCUCCAACAUGGUGUUUGUUAUGGAUAAUCUAUGACUAGAACAGAAGUCCAGUAGCAAAUCAGAUCGGGCAGGCAGUUCCUCUCAGUCACCUCCUCCAGGUUUCUCCAUCGGUGCCCACAUGAACAUUGAAGUCCUCCAGGAGAACUAUGGAGUCCCCGGGUGGAACCCCUUCCAGGAACCACCCAGAGACUCCAAGAAGGUCGAGUAUUCUGAGCUGCUGUUUGGUGCAUCAACACCAACAACAGUCAGAGUUUUCCCCUCUACAACACACACGAGACACAAAAUGGCACAAACAAAAGACAAAACAACAAAAACUAGUCAAAAAAAGAGAACAAAAAUCAGAUGCAAAACACCAAAAACAGAAAAAAAUAACAAAAAUCAGUACAACAAUGAGACACAAAACAAAAAGUAGAAACGAUAAAACAAAAACUGGAAACACCAAAACAAAAGUGAGAAAAAACAACAAAAAUGAGAACAAACAAAAAAAUGAGAAGCAAAAUAACAAAUACCAGAAAUAAAACAACAAAAUCAGACAGCACAACAAAAACUACAAACAAGAAAAGAGACACAAAAACUGGAAACAAAACAACAAAAACUAGAAACAAAACAACAAAAAUGAGACACAAAACAACAAAAACACAAAACACAACAUCACAAAUGAGACACAAAAUGACAAAAAAAUAGACUAAAUGACACAAAUGAGACAAAACAACAAAGAUGAGAUGCAAACUUUCACAUUGAGGCCGACGGUGAUGACAGCGGCUGCAUUUGUUUGUUGAAGCGUUAGCGUUAGCAUUAGCAGAGAACCGUCCAUAUCUAGAAUGAAAACACCUCUAGAAGAGAACACCAGAACUGACCUCUGAACACCGACGCUUUAUCUCCGUCACCCUGAAGCUGUGAAAGGCCUGCAGGUCCUCCAGGGUUUCUAAUUCCACCCUUCUGCUGCUGAUAAAUAGAAGGAACCCGGCAACAGCUGACACCAGCGCAAUAAAUGGACCUCCAGCAGAUAAAGGACACACACAUCUGGACAGAAAUACAAAUGGAGACACCUCUCCAUGCCGUUUCCGUGACCACAAUCAUAAAAGCAGCUGGUCUGAAGCUGUGUUAGCCUUUAAAUGGAAAGAAAACCAUGAGGAGGGAGUUUAAAACCACCUGGGGCUUUAAAACGCUGCAUUUAUACAUAAAAAUUCACAGUAGGACGGUGUUUGAUGAUAUAUUCUCUUUUUUUAUUAGUAAAAGCAGCAAAACGCAAGCAAGAAAGCGGGAAUUCAACAUAAAAAUAAAAACUAAAGGGAAAAUGAGACAAAAUGACACAAGUGAGACACAAACCAAGCAAAAUAAGACACAACAUGACGGGUGAGACGCAAAAUGACACAAAAUUAGGCACAAAAUGACACAAACGAGACACAAAGCAACACAAAUAAAGCGUAAAACAACAGAAAUGAGGAACAAAACAAAUGACGUAAAGUUGACACAAUCCAGACACAAAGCAACACGAAGGAGACAAAACAGUAGCAGACACAAAAAACGAGACAUAAAAUGACUACAAUAAGACAGAAAAUGACAAAAACAAGACACAGAAUGACUAAAAUGAGAAACAAAACAACAAAAACAAGACACAAAGCGACAUAAAUGAGACACAAAAUAACAAACUUAAAAUACAAAACGGAAAAAUUGCCACCACCAUGCUUCAUCAUGAUGCUGCCUCCACCAUGCUUCAUCAUGAUGCUGCCUCCACCGUGCUUCACAUCAUGAUGCUGCCUCCACCAUGCUUCACAUCAUGAUGCUGCCUCCACCGUGCUUCAUGUCAUGAUGCUGCCUCCACCGUGCUUCACGUCAUGAUGCUGCCUCCACCGUGCUUCACAUGAUGAUGCUGCCUCCACCGUGCUUCAUCAUGAUGCUGCCUCCACCGUGCUUCACGUCAUGAUGCUGCCUCCACCGUGCUUCACAUCAUGAUGCUGCCUCCACCAUGCUUCAUCAUGAUGCUGCCUCCACCGUGCUUCACAUCAUGAUGCUGCCACCACCGUGCUUCAUCAUGAUGCUGCCUCCACCGUGCUUCACGUCAUGAUGCUGCCUCCACCGUGCUUCACAUCAUGAUGCUGCCUCCACCGUGCUUCACAUCAUGAUGCUGCCUCCACCAUGCUUCAUCAUGAUGCUGCCUCCACCGUGCUUCACAUGAUGAUGCUGCCUCCACCGUGCUUCACAUCAUGAUGCUGCCACCACCGUGCUUCAUCAUGAUGCUGCCACCACCGUGCUUCACAUCAUGAUGCUGCCACCACCAUGCUUCAUCAUGAUGCUGCCACCACCAUGCUUCAUCAUGAUGCUGCCUCCACCGUGCUUCACAUCAUGAUGCUGCCUCCACCAUGCUUCACGUCAUGAUGCUGCCUCCACCAUGCUUCACAUCAUGAUGCUGCCUCCACCGUGCUUCACAUCAUGAUGCUGCCUCCACCAUGCUUCAUCAUGAUGCUGCCUCCACCAUGCUUCACAUCAUGAUGCUGCCUCCACCAUGCUUCACAUCAUGAUGCUGCCUCCACCGUGCUUCACAUCAUGAUGCUGCCUCCACCAUGCUUCACGUCAUGAUGCUGCCUCCACCAUGCUUCACAUCAUGAUGCUGCCUCCACCGUGCUUCACAUCAUGAUGCUGCCUCCACCAUGCUUCAUCAUGAUACUGCCUCCACCGUGCUUCACAUCAUGAUGCUGCCUCCACCGUGCUUCACAUCAUGAUGCUGCCUCCACCAUGCUUCAUCAUGAUGCUGCCUCCACCGUGCUUCACAUCAUGAUGCUGCCUCCACCGUGCUUCACAUCAUGAUGCUGCCUCCACCGUGCUUUACAUCAAAUUGCCAGCUGUCAGUUCAGAAACCUGCUUUAUAUUUCCAUCUCAGGCUGAAAAGUUGCAGAGUUUCUAUUUAUUCUCGAUGGAUUCAUUUUCUCAGGGACUUCCUACAUUGUAAAACACAAACUUAAACACCAACAGGACUCUUCUGAGCUCUGUGAAGCGUCCAGCUGCAUCUUUUAUUUAAUUCUCCUGCUAUUAGAGUGGUUCUGUCUCCUGGCUGCCGUAGCAACACGAUCCCCCCUCAGGGAUUCAUAAAAAGGUCGUAUUUUCUGUGUGUUUGUGCAGCAGAACAAAUGUCCACGUUCCUCUGCUCAAUUAUCAUUCCAUCGAUAGCAUCUCCUCCCUCCGUCUUUGUUCUCUUUCCUUUUUUUAGCCGCUCUCUGCUCUCACAUUAGUCGAAGGAAUCUCUGCAGGCUCUUCAGGGUGGUGAGUGGUUAAAAUCCUGCUCUGAUUUUUAGACUGCAGCGGCUGCAGCUCUGCUGGGGAGUUUAAAAGGUAAAAGUUGAAUUCCUGUGAUAAAGUUCAACAGCAGAAUGUGUCUCUUUUAGCAAAUUACAGCAGAAAUGCACCUAAAACAUGCAGUAGUUGUUCAGUAGUUCAGUGUUCAGUAAUGCAGUAAAUGUUCUUGUCCCGACACCACAUCUAAAAAAAACAAGGAGAAAAGAAUGUUUGGAAAUAUUUUUUUAAACACCAAAUAAGACUGGAGUUCCCCCUAAAAUGACAUGACCUCUUGUCCUGCCCCCCGAUGACCAAACUGGAUAAUAAAACACUUCAAAUGAAAUUUAAAUCUCCUUUUUAUGGUUUUAUUUUUUCAUUGAUGUCUCUUGUAAUUGUGGGAACAUUUUUUUAAUCAACUUAAUAUUUGACAUAAUUAUUAUUAUUUAGGGAACGUGUCCUAUAACAUGUUAGCAGAACCCGUUAAUAAGGUUUUUGUCAUUUUCUGUCUUGUUUUUACCAUUUUAUAUCUUGUUUGUGUCAUUUUGUGUCUUGUUAUUGCCAUUUUGUCUCAUUUUUCUCAUUUUCUGUCUUGUUUUUACCAUUUUUAUCUUGUUUUUGUCUUUCUGUGUCUCGUUUUUCUCAUUUUCUGUCUUGUUUUUAACAUUUUUUAACUCAUUUUUGUCAUUUUAUGUCUUGUUUUUGUUAUUUUGUGUCUCGUUUUUGUCAUUUUGUGUCUCGUUUAUUAUUUUGUGUCUCGUUUUGUCAUUUUUCAUCUCAUUUUUGUCAUUUUGUGUCUCAUUUUUGUCAUUUUGUGUCUCGUUUUUGUCAUUUUGUGUCUCGUUUUUGUCAUUUUUCAUCUCGUUUUUGUCAUUUUGUGUCUCAUUUUUGUUGUUUUGUCUCAUUUUGAAAUUUUGUGUCUCGUUUAUCAUUUUGUGUCCCAUUUUUGUCAUUUUGUGUCUCAUUUUUGUCGUUUUGUGUCUCAUUUUUGUUGUUUUGUCUCUCAUUUCUGUCAUUUUGUGUCUCAUUUUGUCGUUUUGUGUCUCGUUUUUGUCAUUUUGUGUCUCAUUUUGUCGUUUUAUGUCUCAUUUUCGUCGUUUUGUGUCUCGUUUAUCAUUUUGUGUCUCAUUUUUGUUAUUUUGUGUCUCGUUUUUGUCAUUUUGUGUCUCGUUUAUUAUUUUGUGUCUCGUUUUGUCAUUUUUCAUCUCAUUUUUGUCAUUUUGUGUCUCAUUUUUGUCAUUUUGUGUCUCGUUUUUGUCAUUUUUCAUCUCAUUUUUGUCAUUUUGUGUCUCAUUUUUGUCAUUUUUCAUCUUGUUUUUGUCAUUUUGUGUCUCAUUUUUGUUGUUUUGUGUCUCAUUUUGAAAUUUUGUGUCUUGUUUAUCAUUUUGUGUCCCAUUUUUGUCAUUUUGUGUCUCAUUUUUGUCGUUUUGUGUCUCAUUUUUGUCGUUUUGUGUCUCAUUUUUGUCAUUUGGUGCCUUAUUUUUGUGACUGACUAAUCUUGCACACAGACAGACGUACUGUAUGCAUUCCUUGACUGAGUAAUGAAUGGGAUGCAAGAAAUUGAGGCAUCCUGUGGACAGAGUUUCAGCUGGAACCAAUCUGUCUGGUUUUUACAAACUGUAUUUUUCUAGUUUUCCAUUCUGAGCUGCCACAGAGCCUCCGUUUUAUCUCGGCUGCUCCCGGUGUUGAUGUGUGUCGUCGUUAAUCUCACCAUAAAUAAAGAUGCAGCAGCAGAACAAACACUGUUCCCUGAUCUGGUUCACAUUUCCAAUGCCGAGUUUUCCAGCCUCACAGGAGAUUGGAGUUGAAGUAGAAAACUGAAGUGGAGGGAAAAUACAGACAGAAAAGAGACAAGAGGACGCUGCAGUUUCAAUCAUCGGUCUGGAAAUCAAAGGUUGGAGGAAGAUGAAAGAAGAAGAAGUAGGAGAAAUAAAGAAUAUGUCACAGAGGAAAAGAGAUGUUAAUACACAAACUUCACAUCUUUCAUUCUCAGCUGUGACAGCGACGCAGAGAAUAAAACCCUCCGUUCGUCUGAGUGUCAGCAGUUUACCGGACAGACCACAGAGAGCUAUUCAUCAGAAAAAGAGAAAUAAUAAAUUAGGAAAUAGAGUCACAGCUCUGCUUCCUGCAGAGAUCUGAGGGACGUCUUCAUGUUGAAACAACACCAGAAACCGGAAUUCACGGCUUCACCUGCUGCUGACGAGAAAAACAUCAAAUUUAUCUGCAUGUUUUCUGAUCAUUCAGGCUCUUAUAAGAUGAAAACACGUGAAAACAUGCAGGAAUCCAUGAAUUAAGACAGAGGAGUCAGUCAGUUUCAGGGUCAGAGACGAGAAAAGCCCUCAGAGAGCCCAGUCCUCCUCCAAGGCUGCGCAUUCCCCCUUAUGGAACUGUCAGGACCGCAGUGGAGUUAUGUGACGACCUGCACUGGUUUAAAAACAGCAAAAACGAGACGCAAUAUGACAACAAGAAGACACAAAACGACGAAAACAAGACAAAAAAUGACAAAAUGAGACACAAAACCACAGAAACGAGACACAAAAUAAAAAAACAAGGCACACAAUGACAAAAUGAGACACACAAUGACAAAACGAGACACAAAACAACAAAAACAAGACAAAAAAUGACAAAUUGAGACACAAAACCACAGAAACGAGACACAAAAUGAAAAAAACGAGACACAAAAUGACAAAAACAAGGCACACAAUGACAAAAUAAGACACACAAUGACAAAAUGAGACUCAAAACAACAAAAAUGAGACACAAAAUGACAAAAUGA